UUAUAUAAUAUAUUUUGGGACGAAGGUAGUAAAUAAUAAACGCCGAGGUUACUGAAAGGAUACACACAAUGCGUAACGCACGACUGGUCUCUCUCUCUUUCGUUACCUUAUGUCCGCCGCUGUACCGUCGACCGGAGACGCCGACCAGGAAGCCGACGCCGCCAAUCGCCGCCAUCUUCCUCGUUCUCCGCCGCUAUUUCCGUCCGCGCAUCACCGAGGGAGAGGAGCAACCGUCCGUUCUCUCGCUCGUCUCCGUCGACCAGGGUAGCGUCGUGACUCGCCGUCGACUUCAAGAGUUCCGGCGACAUUCUCCUCUUCUUCCUCCGUCGCGUGCAGCAGGCCGGCGAUACCAGGGAGGAGUUGCAGCGGCAAGUCCUUCCCAAUCCAAGGUUGAAUUCGUCAAUUUCGAGAAAUUGGGGGUUGAACAACGCCGGAUUCCGUUUAGAAGCCGGUGGCGGACGUCGGCAGUCCAGUCAGGGCUCUAACAGUGGCUUGGGUUGGCUGUGUGGGAUCCAAUUGGGUCCAAUUAGUUCCCAUUGGAUUCAAUUUGGGUCUAAUUGGGUUCAAUCGGGUCCGUUCGUGUGCAAUUGGGUGUAAUCGGGUCUGUUUGGACUCAAAUUGAUGCAAUUGGGGCUGUUUGGGAUUGUUCGGGUUGCUGUGAAUCACCCAAUAGGGCUGUUUGGUCGGGCAGCCGGGUCGGCUACCGGCGGUGUUGCCGGGGUUGGUCUGGUGACAAUGGGGACUGCUCCGGCGGGGGCAGCGGGCUUGAGGAUCGAUUCCUUGGGCUCGAUUCCGCGCAGGUAAGUUGGGUUAAUUGUAAUUUAGUUUGUUGAUUAUGCAUGAUGGUAAUCGUGGGACUUCGACCCGGAUAGGCCGCUACGUGAUUUGUUGUGAAUUGUAAACUGAGAUUUAAAUUAAACUGAUCUUAUUGGUGAAUAUUGUGGAUUACGAAUAAUAUAUGAGAAAUAGGCCACCUAGUAUAAUUAGGCGGACCUGAAUUGGAUUGACUGAUUGAACCACCACUAAGAUGUGGUUAGGAAAUUGGCCAUUGCGGGGCAUCGUCGCACCCCCAGUGGUCUUGGGUUAAAAACGUACAUACAGAAGUCCGCGACCUGUCCUGGCAUCGUAGGGACAGGGGCUUCAACCUGCCCAAAGUGAAUCUCCUUUGGGUUUCUGAGCUGGCCCUUUUAUAGCAUCGCUUGGGGUGCCAUGACUCAAAGUAGUUGAUGUGGAAUAAAAUAAGGACAUGACCUUCAAAUGGAAGGUGUUAAUAUAAAUAUGUUUAUUUAAGCUAUUUUUCUCCGUGGUCACAUGCUGUUGUUGAUUGUAUGUUAAUGUGGUGCUAUUCUGUGAGUUAAUGCUGGCUUAGGUAUAUUUUCACUCAGCUUUUCGCUGAGCGUGUAGUGGUUGUUGUUUGACUGCACGCUGGUAGGAACACAGAUUUGGAUGGGUAACCCGGAGGGCAGUGAAGUGGUGGUGUAGCGUGGAUGGCUCUUGUUUACUUUAAUAAUUAAACUACAUUAUUUUAUUUGAUUAUAUGGACUGUUGGACGUUACUUUGGUUUUCU